UACGCGUCUACACGCGCAUAACCACAUCGGCCUUGAUCCACCACCACACACCGCAACGACCAAACCACCUCAACUACUUCAAAAACCUCUUUACAACCAUGACCAAAGAGACCACUCCUCCCCCAUCCGAACAACAACAAACAACGACAAGAGAACCCCCCUCCCUCCCGACCUCACCUCUCGCCAAGCGCCCCAAGCCCAACACCGAAGACCAGCCCCAAAUGACCAACGAUACCCCCGUUACCUCUAUCUCGCAGCCUCUGCCCCCGCUGCUCAUCAAGAAGCUGAACGAGGACGGUCGCGCCCCGACCCGUGGCUCCGCCUUCGCCGCCGGAUAUGAUGUCUACGCUGCUAAGGAGACGGUUAUUCCGGCUAGGGGGAAGGCGUUGGUCGAUACGGGGAUUGCUAUUGCUGUGCCUGAGGGAACUUACGGCCGCAUCGCACCCCGCAGCGGACUCGCAGCGAAGCACUUCAUUGAUACCGGAGCUGGAGUCAUUGAUGCUGAUUACCGUGGGGAGGUGAAGGUUCUCCUGUUCAACCACUCCGAGGUUGAUUUCCCCGUCAAGGCUGGGGAUCGGGUUGCUCAGCUUAUUAUUGAGAGAAUUUAUACCCCUGAGGUCAUGGUUGUGGAGGAGUUGGAGGAGAGUGUGCGUGGUGCGGGUGGCUUUGGUAGCACUGGUACUAACUAAUGAUGAUAUGAUAGGUUCUGUAUGGGGUGGGUUUUCAUAUACAUGGCGUUGGUUAUAUAGAAAAGAAUUUGCAUUUCUCUUAUUACUCUAUUAUUCUCCCUUUUAUCUUUGGGGUGCUGUUGGGGUGGUGUAGACUGGGACAGAGUAUGUGAUUUAAUGAAUU